AACUUUUUACUCCACGUCUGCUAAACGUUAGAAACCCCUCCCCCCUCCUACCAGUUCCUCUCUUUGAAAGACUACACUACCCGCAGCCCCGCAAAAUCGGCGUCCAAAAGCAAUAAUAAAAAAAUGAAGUGAAAGGCAUCUCGCGCAACCAAGAAGAAAAAGAAACCGAAACCACAGAGGAGCGCGCGGACCAGCUGGCUGGCAGAAGACCUCCAUCACCGCCCCCGAAAAAAUAGUUCCCCUCGGAUGCCGCGGAGGAAGAACGUUAGUGAAGCGGCCCGCACGAGGGAGGGGGGAUGAAGAGGGCAAGGAGGCGGACUCCUCCCAAGAUCCCACGUGCUUGAGAGCUCCGUGGAGGAAACGCUAGGCAUCACUCGCGGCGAAACCAUGGUGGCCCAUCGCUGAAGCUGUGAGGAGCCGCCGCAGCAGCAGCUCCGUUCGGGCUUCCAGGCAUUAUUUUUUAUACGGGGCCAGUGGUGCCGCAUGCGCGAGCUUUCAUGAACUCGUACCGUUAGCGCGUUUGGACAGAAAGCCCGAGGCGCCGACUGCAUUCCUAGAAUCAUUUUUAUAAAGAAACCAAAAUAACGCGGUGGAAAAAACAAAGUAAAAAAGAGAGAGGGACCAAAGUGAAAAAAAGAUGCGGUGGUCCCCCGCAGCUGGCAGGGAUCAUAACAAAAGCCGACCACCUUCGUUGACCGUCGCCUUCUUCCUGGUCGCCCUGACUGUCCUGUUAUGCCUACCGGACAGCGUCGACGCAGCCGCCUGCAAGGGAUGUGCCAUCCAGCCAUGCCUGUGCAAAGGUGAAAAAGGGGAUGUGGGCUACCCUGGCCUGCCUGGCUCGAUGGGCACGGACGGAGCCCCCGGGGCCACGGGCCCCGAUGGACCACCUGGACCGAGAGGCGAGCGUGGUACCACGGGCGACACCGGGGACGCUGGCAGCAAGGGAAUCAGAGGUGACGAAGGUGCCGUGGGGUUCCCAGGGCGGCCUGGAGCGCCCGGAAAACCCGGUUUGGAUGGCGUUCAUGGAGACCCAGGCAUAAAUGGAUGCAACGGAAGCAAGGGAGACGUUGGACCCAGAGGUUAUGACGGAUAUCCAGGACCAAGGGGACCUGUUGGCCCUCAAGGGGACCGUGGAGCGAAGGGUAUACCCGGUGAUGGUGGCGUCAACUCUAUUGGUUAUCGGGGAGAGCCAGGAGACGAUGGAAGACCUGGCCCUCCUGGCGCACCGGGGCUUCCGGGCUAUCACGGGGACAAAGGAGCCCGCGGUGAGACUGGAAAAGAGGGCAACCGAGGUCCUCCCGGCGACCCCGGACCAAAGGGUGUACAAGGAGACGGCGUGCAAGGACCAAAGGGCACAAAGGGAGAAAUUGGACCCCAAGGUGAAGUCGGCGAUCCCGGACAGUCGACGUUUUUUACAAUGCCUCUUCCGACGGAACAAAUUCCUGGUCAAAAAGGACCCCAGGGAGAAAAGGGAGAAGUUGGAGAAUGGGGAGAACGAGGCUCACGUGGAUUAGAUGGGCAAGAAGGAAUACCGGGUGAUGACGGUCUCAAGGGAGAGAAAGGUGACAUCGGCGAAGAUGGUCCACGUGGCAAACGAGGGAAGCCGGGACCAGAAGGCGAUUUAGGAGACAAGGGCCAGAAGGGAGAACCAGGAUUCACCGGACAAGACGGAAUGAUCGGUGUCAAGGGCUUUUCUGGAGACCCUGGAAGGCCCGGGAGACCUGGACAGCAAGGACCACCGGGACCACCUGGGCCUUACAUUGAAACUGCUGAAAGUGUGCCAGGACCGAGAGGUCCGCAAGGAGAACCAGGAGACCAAGGGCCGCCAGGAUUUGAUGGAAACCCUGGACCACGCGGUCCUAUGGGAUACCGGGGCCCUAUAGGCGAGCCUGGGGUCCCUGGAGAGCAAGGUCAACCCGGACCUCGUGGUAUUGCCAUCAAAGGCGAGCCGGGAGAAGACGGUUUCCCCGGCCUGCCCGGAGAUCGGGGGCGUGAGGGACCUCAGGGGCCUCAGGGUCCCCCUGGGGAGAAGGGUCAGCAGGGCCUUAACGUCAUGGGACCUCCCGGAGAAGACGGAAGGCCCGGAAGGGACGGAAGGCCCGGGCUUCCGGGAGUACGCGGAGACCCCGGAGAACCAGGCGAGAAAGGAACCCCCGGUAGAGGCGUACGACAGGUGGGCCCCGUCGGUCCCAUGGGUCUUCCGGGAGAGCAGGGAGAGCCCGGCGCUCCAGGGCGUCCCGGAAGGGACGGAGAGGACGGCUUCCCUGGGCCCAGAGGCGACGACUGCGGCACCUGUCCACCCGGAAUCCCCGGAAAGCGCGGCGACCGAGGGGAGGACGGCAGACCAGGAUCGGAAGGCUCACCAGGAUUCCCUGGAAGUAUGGGCCCACCAGGAACCAAGGGAGACUCCGGCUACCAGGGAAGACCCGGUCUCCAAGGCUUCCCCGGCAUUCCUGGAUCAGACGGCAUUGAUGGGCUGAAAGGCGAGAAAGGUUUUCCCGGAGAAGUGAUCAUCGACUACUAUCCUCCAAACUCCAUUAAGGGAGAGAGGGGUGAUCCUGGUGCCGACGGUCAACGAGGGAGUCCCGGUCUAGAGGGCCUCCCAGGCCCAGACGGAGCGCCGGGUAUCCCUGGUGGUGGCGGAGAGCCGGGCGACUACGGAGAUCGCGGAGCUCCUGGUUUUGCCGGCCAAGAGGGCUUCCCCGGUCUAUCCGGACAGAAGGGAGCGAUGGGAGACGGUUUUGACGGCACGAAGGGACAGCGAGGUCCUCCGGGCUACGACGGAGAGGUCGGAGUGCCGGGCCAAGUGGGAGAAAGAGGUGACCCCGGAACCCCCUUCACACCGGAACAGUUAUUGGAAGCGACCGGGCCUCCAGGCCCACCUGGUGAGGCUGGCCGAAACGGCCUCGAAGGGCCUCCAGGACCACCGGGAAAACCUGGAUUUGAUGGGCGUCCCGGAGUUCAAGGAGAUAAGGGAGAUCACGGGAGUCAUGGCUACUCUCAGCAAGGUCCGACAGGACUGAAAGGCUACCCCGGUCUCUCUGGUGACCAGGGUCCUACAGGCAGACCUGGGGGAAGAGGACGACCUGGUGAAAUUGGUCUGGAAGGACGCCCAGGUCCAAAGGGUCAACGUGGUAUCCCUGGGACAGGAAAAGGCACCGGCCCGCCAGGCCCCCCGGGAUUGCCUGGAAACAGAGGACAGCGUGGAUUUCCCGGCCCCGCGGGAGCUCCCGGUGUUGCGGGACCUCCGGGAUACUCUGGUUCCAAGGGCCAGAAGGGAGAACCAGGCUACACGGGAUUUGAUGGACCCAAGGGCAUCAAGGGCGACAGAGGAGACGCUGGGCCAGGAACGUAUGGUCUCCCUGGACUGCCUGGUUAUGCUGGAGAGAAAGGUGAAAGAGGGGACAAGGGAUCCCGUGGAUCGGAUGGCUUCCCUGGCACUCCUGGCGAUAAAGGGUUACCCGGAGACGACGGGUUACCCGGUGCACGAGGUCGCGACGGUAUUCCAGGAAGGCAGGGACAGCCAGGAACCCCAGGAAGAGACGGGUUCCCGGGAAUACCUGGAGAGAAGGGAGAAAUUGGUGACCAGGGUCAACCAGGCCUUGAUGGAUUCCCCGGUGAAUCUGGUUUCCCCGGAUUCCCUGGACUCAAAGGAGACAAGGGCAAUGCAGGAAGGUCAGGGUUUCCAGGACUCCCCGGGAGGCCGGGAGCGGCGGGAGAACGUGGCAAUGCAGGAUAUCCCGGUCUACCUGGACAGAGGGGAGACAGGGCCACGCAAGGUGGUCGGGGAGAUGAUGGGGCACCGGGUGAAGAAGGACUCGAGGGACAACCCGGACAACCGGGAUUCCCUGGUCUUCCUGGUCCGAAGGGUCUUGCUGGAGAGCCUGGAAGAGCUCUUGAUGCUCCAGAGGGUCCUAAGGGCGAGAAAGGACAGUCUGGAUACCCAGGACGAAAUGGACUACCAGGUUUCAAAGGAGAAAUGGGUGACAUGGGAAGAGAAGGACCGAAGGGCAUAUCCGGUGAGGAAGGAUUUCCUGGAGCCCCCGGAUUUGAUGGUCGUCCUGGAGUUCCUGGAUUGCCUGGAAUUGAAGGAGAAGAUGGAAGGCCAGGUUUUCCAGGCGUACCCGGAAUCAAGGGUGACGAAGGUUUUCCCGGCCGCCCCGGUCUUCCCGGACCACCUGGUCAGCCAGGACCGGCUGGGCCCGCUGGGCCGGAUGGUCUUCCCGGACUCAAAGGAGAACUCGGAGAGCCCGGAUUCCCUGGCCUCCCAACGUCGGAGGUGAGCAAGGGCGACAGGGGAGAACCAGGAAGGCCAGGGAUUCCGGGGCCGGCGGGUCUCCCCGGAGACGACGGAUUCCCAGGCCUCCCUGGACUCAAGGGGGCACUCGGAGAGCCGGGCGUGGAUGGCUUUCCUGGCGCGCCGGGAAGACCCGGUCCUAAAGGAUAUCCCGGAGGCCCCGGGCUUCCUGGAUUAGAAGGUGCACCUGCCUUUGAUAUAUACCCUGGUCAGAAGGGAGAGGAAGGUGACCCCGGAUAUCAGGGCCUGCCCGGAAUUCCCGGCCCAAAAGGAGAGGCGGGAGAUCCUGGUCAACCGGGUUACAAUGGACCCAAAGGCUACCCCGGUUUCACCACAAUGGGCCCCAAGGGAGCACAAGGAGACGACGGUUUCCCGGGAUCUCAAGGUCUCGAUGGAAGGGAUGGCUCUCCUGGAGAGUCCGGCUUUCCAGGCCUGCCAGGACUGAAAGGAGCCCGGGGUAACCCUGGCUACCCUGGUCCCUCCGUUCCUGGACUUCCGGGAAUUGAUGGUUUGAGGGGCAACAACGGACAAUAUGGUCCAAAGGGUGAAAGAGGCUAUCCCGGAGAAAUCGGACUGCCAGGAUUUCCUGGAGUCAAGGGAGAACGUGGGGACGACGGCCUUCCUGGAAUUCCAGGCAAACAAGGCGCUGCCGGUUUCCCCGGUGUCAAGGGAGAGCGCGGAGACCGUGCUCCAAUGGUGGCGGAACUCCGGUUGAAAGGCGAGCAAGGAGAUCCUGGAGAAAAUGGACUCGACGGCCCACGGGGGCGGCCCGGAGAAGUGGGCCUGCCCGGUAGGGACGGUUUUCCCGGAGAAUCGGGAGACAUCGGUCCCCCCGGGUUCCCGGGCCCCCCGGGAUACUUCGGUCCGAAGGGACUUCCAGGGGACGACGGAGACAAUGGUCUCCCGGGAUACCCUGGAACAGUCGGAACACCAGGUCGCCCUGGCAACAGAGGACCGCCAGGAGGUCCGGCCAAAUCUCGGGGGUACUUCUUCACGAGGCACAGCCAGACAUCGCGGGUUCCGCAGUGCCCGAGGGGAACGUACAACCUCUGGGAAGGCUACUCUCUCCUGUACAUCCUAGGAGAUGAGAAAGCGCACGGACAAGACUUGGGAAGCGCCGGUAGCUGUCUUCGGCGCUUCAGUACCAUGCCGUUCCUGUUCUGCAGUUUGAACAAUGUGUGCAAUUUUGCUUCGAGAAACGACUACAGCUACUGGCUGAGCACACCUGAACCGAUGCCGAUGGCAAUGACGCCAAUCGUGGGAAGAGAUAUCCAGAAAUUCAUCAGCCGAUGCAGUGUCUGCGAGUCCCCCACUCAGGUCAUAGCCAUACACAGCCAAACUCUGGAAGUGCCAGAGUGUCCUCAAGGCUGGGAUGGCAUUUGGACUGGAUACAGUUUCUUUAUGAACACCGAUUCCGGAGCAGAAGGCAGCGGCCAGCCCCUGGUGUCUCCGGGCUCAUGCCUCGAGGACUUCAGGCCGAAUCCUUUCAUUGAGUGUCACGGUCACGGACGGUGCAACUACUACACGACCGCGUACAGCUACUGGCUGGCCACUAUCGAGCGGAACGACAUGUUCCGCCCUCCGGACCCGCAAACGCUCAAGGCGGGCGACCUCCGCACCCGCGUCUCUCGCUGCCAGGUCUGCAGGAGGCGGGUCUACGUUCCCUAGACCAUACAACCGAAAUUCGACGUACUUGGUGGGCGCGCGUUAAGGACGCAUUGGUCGGUGUUUGCAGUGACCUAGCCAUGCUAUGCAUCAAAAAUCUGCCACAAUAAUUGUGCCUUCCACAAACGCAAGCUCUUCUCUUUUUUUUCUGAUUGCUGCUAUUGUUGUUAUCAUUGUUGUUUCUUUUAGAAAGAUUAGUCUCUUUUGUUAUCCUUGUUUAAGUUGCAAUCAGGACGUGUUUUUUUUAUAUGUCAGCGUUUUUUUUUAUAAUGUCCAAACUUCGGAAAAAAAAAAGAAUAAAAGCUUCAUAUACAUGAAGCUCACAAAAUUUUAUAAGUGGGUGGUUCCUGUGUUUUAUGGGACGUGCAUUGUAGUGUUUGUCAAGCUGCAAUAAAUUUCAGUCGACGCUAGUCACCUUUUACAUUAUAUCUAACGCCCCCUGCUGCCUUAUAAAUAUCAACAAGAUAUAGAUAUACGACAUGUACAAUUGCUUUUUUUUACUUUGGGUUACAACAUCCACGGGGUCAGUCCUCGUUCGCACUGCCUUGGACAUUAGGGGAGCAGAAAGCGCACGUUUCGUUUUUCUCGGCUAUAUUAACUUAAAAAAUUGAGGUACGUACAUUAUUUUCAUAAAAUUGCUUAAUGUGGUAGGAAACAGAUAUGGUCGAAUAACCUAAUAGGUGAUUGUUAUUGGCUAAAUUAAAUGUAUUCUUAGCUAUCGAAAGAAAGUUUUUGUCAAGGGCUGUUAUCACUUGUGGUUUCAUCAUCCAUAUUGCCAAUGGUGCAGACACUGCCAAAUCAUAAAGCUGUUUUCCUUUCAAGCAUUACUCACACCCCUCUUGGUAAUCUGAUUUGUUUUGUUGUUCCUCGUGUUGUAUUCUGCAUAUUUGUUAAUAAAAUAUUCAGAACUGCCAACGCUGCUUGUAAAGUAGAAGUUCUAGGGUGCAUCCCUUCGCGUCUUGUUUGUAAUUGAAAAAAAUUAAUUUCCCACGAGACAUAUUUUUACUUCAAUUAAUUGUUUGUACACUCAAUUUUUGUGUACAUAAAUAAACGUUUUUUAUCUAUUCUU